AUGCAACCAACCGGUAGACCGCCAAAACUCACAGAAAGAAAUGAAAUUUCUUCAAAUAUGAAUAUGAACGUUCUUUUAAGCGGCUUAAACGGCGGAAUCAUUGGAACUCCAUCGAUCAGAAACAAUCGAAACAAUCAAAGGAAGCAUAGAAACCAUUUUAGAAGACAACGAAACGCUUAUAUUUCAUUUCGUCGAAACCUUCAGCAUGAUACAUUUUUGAAUAGAAUCGCAAGGAUUUCAACUCAAAAUUCGAAUGAUCCUUUGAUUAAUGGAUUUUAUAAUGGGUCGUCGUUCACUUGA